AUGCACUCUUCCACCAAUAGUAGCAUUAGGAGUGGUAAUAUCUAUCCUUUCCCACCUUAUAACUUUCCUUUUUCCUCCUCCUCCUCCUCCUCCUCCUCCUCCUCCUCCUCCUCCUCCUCUUCUUCUUACUCUCAUAUCAACCACCACCCUCUUAUUCCUCAAGAGAAUACCACCUUUGGAGGCAUUUUUGGUCUACACCAUGAUCAGUUUCCCCUACUAAACAAUUGUUUGCUAGCCCCCGGACCGGAAAGUACUAUGAUCAAUUUUGGAGGAGCUUCAUCAAACGCAAUCAUAUCAUCAUCUGGAGACUACCAGCAGCGUUAUGGUUAUGAGAUUAACAAUAAUAUUACUCAUCCCUAUUUUGUUUCUAAGGAGGUGAAAGUACCAGCUGUGGCUAAUGCAAAAACGAAAGACCGGCACAGCAAGAUCUUCACGUCCCAGGGCUUUAGGGACCGGAGGGUAAGACUCUCCAUCAAUGUUGCCCGUGAAUUCUUCGAUCUCCAAGACUUGCUAGGGUUUGACAAAGCCAGCAAAACCCUAGAGUGGCUGCUCAGCAAGUCCAGAAAUGCCAUCCAAGACCUAGAAAAGAGCAAGUGCAAUAACAGUAAUAGUUUGUCAUCUUCUAGUACUUCGGACUGUGAUAAUGUUUUGGACAUUAAUGACGAGGUAUCGAAUUACAAGAGGAAGAUGAAGGAGGCUGCUGCUAUAAUGGCCAAAGAAUCGCGGGCAAAGGCUAGAGCAAGAGCAAGAGAAAGAACAAGAGAGAAGAUGUGCAGGAUCAGUACCAGUAAGAGGAGCCCUCAGAUCUCUAGCCAAUUGAGCUUGUUCAAUGAGCUUGAACCUGCAGAUAUGAAUCAAGAACCAGGAAGUACCCUCUUAUCUGAUAGUCAAGCUGAAUAUCAUGAAACCGCUGCGCUCAAAAGAAAGCUGAAGGCGCCGUCAGUUGAUCGAAGCCCUGAAAUGAACCCCCAGAGGACUUUGGCUAGUUCAAAUUGCUGCAACCACAUUAAUAUCCAAUUACCGAGUGCAAUAUCUCAAAAUUGGGACAUCAACGGAGCUUUUUUCACAUGCCCUAGCAUCUGUGCCAUUACCACCAACAUGAAUCUUAAUUCAACUGGUAUAAAAUUUUAA